AUGUGUCACAGCGAAGUCGAACUCAACGGCUGGACCAGCGUCCCCGUCAACGCCGGUGUCAUCUUCAAGGAUCAGCCUUUCAUCAACGCACCUGCUCCCCUCUCGGUCGAUGAGAUCCAGUUUCCUUCUGACGACCCCGUCGUUGCAAAGACUCGAGACUAUGCUCGGGCUGUUCUUCAUCCGCAGACCUUCAAUCACUCGAUGCGGGUGUAUUACUUCGGCAUGGCCAUCGCCAAACAGCAGUUCCCGAAGCAAGCCGCCACGUUUAGUUCUGCAAGCUGGGCCCUGCUCUGUCUGUUGCACGAUCUCGGUACAGCCGAGGAGCAUCUGACCGCUACUCGGAUGUCCUUUGACCUUUAUGGCGGCAUCAAAGCUCUGCAGGUUCUUAAAGACUUUGGCGCGACUACCGACCAGGCGGAAGCGGUCGCUGAGGGAAUCAUCCGGCACCAGGACACGGGCGUGGACGGGACCAUUACCUUUUUCGGCCAGCUCAUCCAGCUUGCGACCCUUUACGACAAUGUGGGCGAGCACCCUAAUGUCAAGGACUUUGGCCGGAUCCUCCACGAUGUCACUCGGGAGGAAAUCAACAAGGCUUACCCGCGGCAAAACUGGUGCUCAUUCUUUGCGGAUGUUAUCCGGAAGGAGGAGGGCAUCAAGCCUUGGUGCCAUUCGACCCAUAUUGUGAAUUUUGACAGGGAGGUCGAGGGAAACACCUUGAUGAGGAAGUGGGAGUGA